UUUUUCCCAAGUUUAUUUUUCACACCAAAAACCACAGAUCCUGCACUUCAAAAAUAUUGACAUAGGAAAAACAUCAUCACAAUAUGCCGAUUCCGUCGAUCACUCUUGCGCCGAUCAUUCUAUGUGCUGGCGCGAUAUCCUACAAGAUGGGCGAGGACAGUGCGGAGCGUAGUGUUCGGCGUAGGGAGGAGAUGAGCAGCUCGUUUGACUUUGGUACCGGCCAACAGGGCGACACCAGACAGAGUUUUGUGCCGACUAGCCAGCUUACUCGCUCUGAGCAGAGCUCGGCUGCCAGCUCGAUUGGGCUCAGCGAUGAGCAUCGCAGCGGGUAUCCGCGCACAACCAGCGAGAUCGAGGGCUCUGGAUGGCUGAACCGCACUGCUCAUCAGGCCCAAACAUCGCUAUCGUACGAGGCCAACCGAAUGAGAGGCUCGCGCGCACCGCUUUCUGAAACAAAGGGGUGGGUACCAGAAACACAGUCAAGUAAGUCGGCUCCGUCGUCAGAUUCUAGUUCAACUGGUGGCGGCUGGUUCUGGGAGAGAGGAGCUAGUGCUACUGACGAGCCCAGUUCCAAGCGCACCAUUGCUUCUUCCAAGGAGACAGCCAAGGAUAUUGGAUCUGGACGACGGCUGGCUCUCAAGGCCAAGACAAACUCGGCCACAAAUGGGGCCCGUGAUUGGUUUCACAGCACCAGGGAUACAGCCGGACAGGCUGUAAACAAAGCAUCUCGUACGACCAAGGACUCUGUCGAUUCGGCGAAAAAGGCUGCUGAUGAGGCCGCAUCCAAAGCCAGCGGCUGGUUCUGGGGCAAGAAGGCAGACGCUGACAAGGCAGCGCAGGACACCAGAGAUUCGGUCAAGAAUGCUGCCGAUGAUGCCAGUGGUUGGUUUAGGGGCAAGAAGGCUGAGGCUGACAGGGCCAUGCAGGACACAAAGGCGACUGUCAAGGAGAAAGCAGAUACCGCGGCAGAUGCAGUCAAUGAUACCGCUGACGACGCUAAGAGUUGGUUCUGGAACACGAAGGCGGAUGCAGACAAGGCAGCGCAGGACACCAGGGAUUCCGUCAAGGAAACGAUGAGUUCUGCUACUGACUCUAUCAGGGGUACUGCUGAUGAUGCCAGUGGUUGGCUCUGGGGCAAGAAGACGGAGGCCGACCAGGCGACAGCCAAUGCUGCCGACGCUGUGAAGGACCAAGCCAACUCUGCACAGGCUGCUGUUGGGGACGCCGCAUCCAAGACAAGCGGAUGGUUCUGGGACAAGAAGGCAGAUGCAGACAAGGUAGUUCAAGACGCCAGAAAUUCGGUCGAGACAGCUGCCGAUACUGCCACUGCCACUGUCAAGAAUGCUGCCGAUGAUACUGGAGACUGGUUGUCGGCCAAGAAGACUGAUGCCGGGCGAGCUACACAGGAUGCAGCAGACUCAGCCGACGAGGCCAAGCAAGCAGCUGAAGAUACAAGCAGCUCUAGGGCUGCAAACUACAACUCGUUCUGGAAUAACAGCCAGCGCAGCGAGGGACCUGCUCAUGAUGGAGGCGCCAGUGCCGGUGAUCUUGCUGCGUCGUCCAGGGCGUUUGCGUCUGCUUCUGGGUUCAAUGCGACACGAGCAUCGGCUGGCGGACACUCGCGCACCACCUCCGAUCCCGGCGCAUGGAGCGGAUCAUCCGCCACGCAUGAUAUGGAGCUCCCAGGCGGCCUCAGCAGCUCGGCGAUUGGCGGGGGAAGAGCUCGGCGCCUCUCUGCAUCAGAUGCAUUGUCGCCAACAAGCCUGUCCGGCGGCACCUGGACCGACACUGCGGAGGGUGGCGCUGGCCUUAGCAAGCCCAUUGCCCGGAAGGACUCGCUGAUCUCAUCGGACAAGCCGGCAGCUGCCGAGGGCAGCCGCACGGAUGUGCUCAAAGACAACUCUGUUUUGCAGGCACUCGACAGCAAGUUCAAUGAGGCCAGGUCGCUGCUCCUGCAGACCACCAGCGACAUAAAGGCUGCGGCCAUUGACGCUGGUGAGGCCGCGUCUGGCCGAAUCAGGGCUGUUGCUGAAAAGGUAAGCCUGCCCACACUCGGUUCCUCUGGUGCUACGUCUGCCACCGGUGGACUGUCGGCGGCCAACAACAGUGGCAGGCCCCAGGGAAUUGUCACCGGUGACGACAGCGAGCGCCCAGCCAACCACCAGUACAGGUUCGUUGAAAUUGAGUCGCACAUUCCUGUGCUCUCUUCAAAGUCAGACUAGGACAGUUGCUUUUCCUCGCCCCAUUUCUGCCCUCAGUAUUCACAGUGUGACUCCAAUGAAAAUAAAUCGUGCUUAUCCAC